CAGCCACUCACACACACGCGCAUACAAUCACGCACACGGUCAGCGCUCACACUCCUCACACUCUCAGGAACUAGUUGUUGGAGCGGAGCGCAGCGGCACCUCGUCACUCACAGAGCCGAGCACCAGCUGGGGACGUUUCCACCUGUGCGCCGCCGCCGGGACGAAUUCACAAGGAUUUAAAAAAAAAAAAAGAUUUGUAUUUUUAUCCCACUUUCAUUUCGGCGGUUCGAGUCCGUCUUUAGUGCGCAGUGUUGGGACACUUGUCAGUAGUCGGACCCCUGCUCUGCUCCGUCCUGCAGCCAAGACAAGUUGUGUGUUUUCACGCAUCUGAAGCGGCGGUUUCGACCCGAACACUCGCACCGGAGAGACGAGCCCGGCUCCACACAGAGGACCGGAGUCAACCAUGGCGAGACAUGACGCCCGAAAUUGGCACGACAGCACCAGCGUGAUGGGACUGCUCUUCCUGGUCGCGUCGAUACUCGCAGGACACGGAGCGGCAGGUCAGCGAGUGAAGGUGGAGGCGGAGGUGUUGUCGUAUCCUGGCCAGACGGUGAACUUACGCUGUGCCUUCACUGAUGCCACAGGGAUUCAGCUCACAAUGGUUACUUGGAUCUACGAGCCGAAGGAGGGCGAGAGGAUCAACAUCGCCGUGUUUCACCCCAGCUUUUCUCCCAACUACCCCGACUCGCCUAUGAAGGGCAGGGUCAGCUUCUCACCCAGCACCCCGAAGCUGGCCAGCCCUUCCAUCCAGAUCACUGAAGUGAGGAUGACGGAUGAGGGGAGGUACAUCUGCGAAUAUGCCACCUACCCAAUUGGCAACGAGCAGGGCAUCACCUAUCUGGUCAUGCUGGCUAAGCCUCAGAACUCGGCCUCCAUCGUAACAGUGGAAGCGGGCACUAAGCCGGUGGUGGUGGCGCGCUGCGAGUCCGUAGAUGGCCGACCCGCUGCCCAGAUCUCCUGGGUGACCACGGCCAACGGGAAUGGGACGUCGGUGUCGAAAUUGGGCAAGGACAACACGGUGACGAUGACCAGCGAGUAUAUCAUGGUUCCCACAGCGGCAGACAAUGGGAAGGACAUCAGUUGUGUCGUGGUCCACCGGACACAGGUUAAACCAGAGAGCUUCCCCUUGAAGCUCGCAGUCCAAUACGCCCCUCAGGUGACAAUCGAGGGUUAUGACAAUAAUUGGUACGUGGGUCGUACAAAUGUGGUGCUCACCUGCCAAGCUACCGGAAACCCCAUUCCGAUCUCUGUCCUGUGGAAGACAAUGUCAGGAGUGAUGCCAGACACGGUGCAGACCAAUGGCAAGGAGCUGAAGGUGCUCAAGGUGGACGAGGCUGUCAACACCACUUUUGUCUGCGAGGUCAGGAACCGCAUUGGGACCAGCAGGGAUCAGGUCACAGCCAUCGUCAGAGAGCCCACAGUGAACCCAUCCAAUGCUGGCGUGGUGGCGGGAGCUGUGAUUGGCUCCCUGCUGGCCCUCCUUUUGGUCGCCGCUCUCAUUGCCGUGCUCGUCACCCGUAGCCGCAGGCAACAGCAGGGCUACCGUGCCAAUGGCGGCAGUGACAUGAAGACGCGCAUAUUUGGCGGAGGCAAGAAGGCCAGCAAGAAUGGCACGAGCGGAGGUGCGGGAACCGGCGGCGUGGGGGGCGGGAACAACAACGGGCCCAUCUAUGUUUACAACGAGAGCUCGUCCCACCAGGCCCUCGGAGAGAAAAACAACCACCACCAGCCUCUCACCAUGGGAAGUCGGCCUGAAGUCGCCGCCACGACACCCACCGCCCAAGACAUCCUGUUGAGCAAUGAAUUAGAUGACGCAGAGAGGAGGAAGUUUGAUGAGCUGGAGGACGAGGAGAGGUAUGACAACUUCACUGGAGGUGCCCCCAUCCUUCAGCUCCGCCCACACAACGACCAGGAAGAUAUGAUCGGAGAUUACAUGGAUGACGACAUGGAGUCCCAGCGGGAUGGCUCCGUCAUCUCACGGACUGCAGUUUACGUAUAGAGGAGGAGGAGGAGGAGGAGGAGACGGAAAGAGGAGAAAAAAGAGUGAUGGAGGAUCCCUCCCGAAGAUUUUGUGGUUUCCUGUCUGAAAGAAACGAGAAGAUGAUUCCACUUUUAUUUUUGAAAAUUGAUUUUAAAUAUAUCUUGUUAUUAAUCACAGCGCAGCCCCAGAGUGUUGCUGAUGUCUGGUCCCUGAGAGGUGAAAAUCAAACAGAAAAGAAACAACCUGUCUCCCACCACUUCUGCUCAUCGCUCUCAUUGGGACACUGACAAGAACCCUCGACAGACUAAAGGAGUGAAACUAUGUAGUGUAGGAGGAAAAUAAUGGAAUCAUGAUAUAAGCUUUGCUAUAGAGGAGGCAUCGCACAUGCAUAUUCACUCUUAUCUUCACCAAAACCUUAGAAGGGGUUGUCAAGCACUUCAGUUUUGCCUCCUGUGGGAAACCUUUUGUUUUGGUAAUGCGUUGUGCUCUGACAGCUGGUUGGUAGUUAGUAGCUAGUGAUGGGUUUGUGGGAAAAACAUCUAAAGGUUUAGACAGUAACCAUCAAGUGAUUUUAGAGAAGAGAACAAUGUGUUUUCUCACGUCUGGCGAGUUCUCCUUUCCACUCUCUCCACCUUCCUCUCAAACUUAAAAAAAUAAAAACAACGGCAGCAAUCCAUCACAGUAGACACUUGAAUUCACACAAUUUUAAAAAAACAAUAUUUGACCCUUAUCUGCUGCACAAAUGCAGUGGCAGCUGAUUUUAACAAAGUAAGUUUGCAGAGUUGGAACCAUGUUCUAAACAAGGUAUUCAAAUGCAAACUUUUGUGCCGUGCCUGGAGGUAAAAGAUGGAAAACAAGAGAUGAGGGAGUGAGAUGUAGCCAAUGUGACAGGGUCAAGGGAUGGAGAGAGGGAUGCAGGAGGACUGGAGAGGAGCACGUCUCUUCUUUUUCUCUUCCUCCUCGUCCCUGUCUCUUCGGAGCGCUCCUGACAGGAGGGGCUUGAUUGGUAAUGAGCCGUGAAGUCGCUCGCUUAGCCGGGACCAACAGAUUGCCACCACUUAUCGUUUAUGACGUGGCGAUUGCACCCUCCUCCCACCUCAAUCUCUCUAUCAUCCCUCCAUCACUCCCUCUCUUCACCCCUCUCUCCCAGUGUUUAUGGGGAGUUUAUGAUUUAUCCGGGGCAGUGUCGAGGUCAGGGCCACGGAGACCAGGGAAGUAUUUUACUGCUCCUGAUGUGUCAAACGGCCCACUUACUCUAUUCCCGCCCAGCCUGCCCUGACAUGCCAGGACUGACUAAUCCACCUGGAGUGGCCAUGUUCACUCCACCGCACAGACUCUUACCACCUCCUCCUAUACGAGGAGUCGUUAUAACCCCACCCCACCUCCAACGUGUGGCCGCGUCAGCUUCGAUAGAUUUUCAAUGAGGUCGUGUAAUAUUUCUUUCCGUUAGCGGAUGUUGUUAAAUGUAGUGAAUUGAUCGGGAAACAUAAAAGGUUGCGUCCACACUAAAGCUAUGGGAGUCAUAUUGACUCACAGGCAACAAGCAGGGAACAAGUCUUUUACGAUGCAGCUUCGGGGCUGAUUGUUCCCUGACUGUUAAUUUAUCCUUGUAACGAGCCACCUGAGGCCGACUCAAAGAAACAUUGUGCUGCGGCUGCUGUGCACCGCCGUCUUUGAGGCUCAGUGUGUACACGUGCGUGCGUCACUGUAUCUGCCACUGGAUGACUGUGAUGGACAAUCUUGGAGAGAGGCUCCACUGCAGCUCCUCUAAUCACGCUUUCCCUGGACCUCUAAUCAACUCCCCUUUGACCCACUGGGAAUUAGGGGGGGAGCAUGGUCGAGAUGACUGUACUGACCUCUGCGGUGGCCCAGCAAAGAUCUGGGUUGCCGUGCGCUGCAGGUCAUGAGGUCAAACGCAGGGUGACCCAUUGCCAAGGGCAAGGAUGACUGCACUUGCCCGCAUUUCUUAUCACGGCUGUUUCUACCCUUGAACUAUAGACGUGAAUAGAGUUGGACAGUCCUCGCUUGCCAUUGUGAUGGCUGUUAACCUUUAGAGAGGUGGAGAGAGACUAGGAGGCAGACGACAAAAAUAGAGACAGCGUUUAGUGGUUGAGCACCGUCUGGCAUAUUGUAAGCCGGUGUGUUCAACAGGAUUAUUGUCUAAUGGCCUUAGUUUCUACAUAAAUGCAGCUCCUGUCAAACUGGGGUACAGUACAUUUACUGAACACAGGUGAUCUGUCGCAACCACUCAAAAUAAAAAUGCAUUACUUAUUUUUGCACUUGUGUGUGUCACCACUGCAAAGAGUGUAAUGAGGGUAAUACUUGGGGGGGGGUAAGAAAAAGAAAAAAUCGUGACAAGGGACAAAACUGCUGUAUGUACAUUUUGGUGUCAGGUAUCUGUGUACUAUAUAUGUAAGCAUUUUUAUUUUUCUCGUGAAAAUGUGGAUAUUUAUGAAAAAUGUAAAUAUCAGAUCAAUGGAGCCGGUGUUGCCAGUGCUGUGGAAGUGGUGAUGAAGAACCCGUAAGGCCACAUGUCUCAGAGGGCAUUCAGAAUGUAACUUUUAAUGAGUACCUCAGCAGUUUGGUUGUUUUUAACACACUGAACUGACUGAGCUUAGUUUACCUGAAGCCUAAAAUAAUAUAUGCUUGUAUAUUUUAUAUGUGCAAGAUAGCAUUGCCUGCAUUUCCACACAAGCACAGUUAUUUAUUUUUUUUUGCACAAUUGGCUUCUCCCUCUCCUUGACAGAUGCCCUGCACAAUACAGAAAUACACACAGUACUCAAAACUUUAACCACACUAGAGAUGGUCUGUUUGUUGGCUCUGUGUGUGUGUGUGUAGUUGUCAGUGUGUGUUUUCCUGAUGCUCUGGGGCUUAGGGACAUCUCUAUCUCUGACGUUGGGGCUGUAACCUGAAUAGCCACCCUUUUGUCACCACGGAAACCUGGCAAACCGGGGUAUUAUUGUGCAUUUGGAAGACUCACAUGCACACACACACACACACUGUGCAUAUACAUAUGUACUGUACGUACACAUCUGCAGAAUGCAGAGAAACAUUCGCCCACACACAAAAAAAAACCUCAGUCACUCUCAUUAUGCUCACUCCCACAGCCAAACUGUGCAGAAGACACCUCAUACCUGACAACUCUGCCAUCUCCUGACACAAGCCCACACAAAUACGCAUGCAUAGCUGCACACAAACACACAGAGUCACACACAAACUUUUUUCCCUUCUUGCCCAGUGGCUCCGUCAGGACAUAUACUGUGUCCUGUUAGAGUGGAAAGAAUUGCAGCACGAUGCGUUCCCCGCUCCGCUGCUCUCCAUUCCCGCAAAUAGUCCAACCCCGUUUUCAAAACAUUGACCAAGUAGAACAAAGGCUGCCACAUACAUUCAGGGAUGCACACCUCUCACCUCCUGUCAGAGCAACAGACUUUUUAGGAAACAGUUUCUCAUGUGUCCGUCCCACUUUUGUUCUACACAUGAGAUAUAAGCCUCUAUAAAAAAUUUUAAAAAAGCCACUGCGCUGACCUCCUCCUCCUGCAGGAUUCAUUUUAGAUUUCCUCAACUUCUUACUCGGCUCCAAACGUCUGUUUUCAAUUUUUCUCACUGCCACCUGCGGCACCGCGACCACCUCCACACAAAUGCACACACACUCUUGCCACUGACCUCUGCACCCAAGUAAAAGUUAUCAGACAAAAUGCUUUUAGAGAAAUCCACGAUACUGGUCUUGGCUCUAGCACAAGGUUAAAUUGUGAAACUGUCCAAUAUUUUCUGUUUUUUUUAACCAGAAAGCCACAUACUGUUGCUUUUUCUUCGGCUCCACACAUCUGAUGACUAAUCAAAGCCUUAACGUUUCCCAUCUCACUCGUCAAAGAAAACAAAAAGAGAAAACCUUCCUGUGUACAUAGUAUAAAUAUAUAAAUAUGUAGCAGAGGAAAAUUACUAAUUUAUGGUGUCACGUUUGUGUAUUUCUCAGUGACGGCAAGCAUGAAGAAUUUAUUUUCUCCUAUUACAGUUUCUCCUCUUUUCUGUUAUUUUGCAGUGCUUUAUAAUUUAUGUUUUCUGAGUGCUUUAUUCAUGACUGCUGCGCUGUGAUUGCUGCCAAAACUGGCAAAUGUGCUUCUUCUAUACAAAUGAACUGUACACACGUCGAAAAAAGUCUUACCCCAAAAUGUGCUUUUUAUUAUUGACUGCUCUGUGUAAAAGGUGUUUUUCUCUUUUGUAUCUUUUUUUAAUUUUAAAUUUGUUUUUUGUUCUUUUAAAAAAGACCGAAUUACAGUUGUCACUAUUUUGUGUCAAGUCUUUCUAUAUUUUUUCGUAUUUGGUUGCUAUUAAAGACUUCUUGAGUUUUCAAAUGUC